ACAGGAACAGCCACUUCACUGGAAGCAGAAGCACGUUGCAGUUGGCCGGUGAGGACAGGUUUUUAGUUUUUAUGUUCCACUCUCUCUCUCUGUCUCUCUUUGUCAGGUGUUGGAGGGACUCACAGAGAAGAAUACACACCUUUAAACUGGAUAAUUAUUUUUUCUGACUCUCUGACAGCCCUCGGAGUCUGUCAUUUUGAGAAAACAGAGCUGUCAAAAUGUCCAGAGUCGCCAAUCUGUCGAAGCUGCGGCAGGAGAGGGUGAGGGAGAUCAACCUGCGGGUAAGUUGGAACUAUCUUCAUCAUUUAAAGGAACAUUGAAGACCCUAGAGUGUGACACUAGUUUUGUCAAAAAGUCAGAAUAGGUUAAUUAAAGUUCCUGUUUCUGUAUCUCUGAGUCACUACGUGUUUUCGUGCACUCAGCCUGAAUCGUUUCCUCCUCAGGAUGUCGGCCUCUCACACUUCAGGCCCUCAGAUCUCUUCGUAUGUAGAUAUCAUGAUAGUACUGAGUGUAUUAGUGGAUGUAGGUGGUGGGGUGUAUCCAUGUUUGUUGUACACAGUGUACUUGCUCACUGGAUUUUAACUAUAGCAACUGUUGCCAUAGAAAUAGUAGUGGGUGUGAGUGUGAUAUUGCUGCUGUCUUUGUGGAUGUUGGAGGCCUCAAAAUGUGUUCAGAAAUGCUGAGUUAAAAAAGUGCUGCUGCUUCAGUUGUAUACAGCUCUAACUGCAGUCUUACGGUGACAGAUAUCCUGCAGUGUCAUCCUUUAGUUGAUUAUGUAAUUUGCUGUUUUCACCAGAAUCAUGUAAAAAUUUAACUUAUAAACAAACAGCUUUAUAUCAUCUUCAACCUCCACCUUCUGGAUUAUUACACUUUUUUAAAGGAAAUGAACCUCAAAUUUUAAGACGAUACCAACCAGAACUUGAAUCCAAAACCGUGGACUGAGAGUGACUGACGUAUCAAAAAAAAAAAAAAAAUGGCUGCCAUACAUUGUGCACUGCAAGCAGCUGAUUCCCUGUUUAAAGCAGUCUUAUGAUACCGGGAAACCUGAGCUACCUUUUCAACCCAACUUUGUCCUGACUCUUUCUCCAUGUCACAUGAAAUUUUCAAGUGAAAUCAGGUUGAGCCAAUGCAACAGGAAAUAUUUGGGAAUGUUCCCAUGAGCAAGUAGGAGGAGAUGACGGGUGCAAACAGGAUGAAUGUAAAGAAUAGAGGUUGAAGAAAGAGAAUCAUUGUAAAGACGCAACAUUGAUGUACAUUGAAACUGUCCUCACGAUGCAGGUCUCUGUUACUUUGUCUGUCAUCAUUUCAUAAACAUCACACAGUUCUUACAAUACCAUGAAAAUAGUUUUAUGUUGAUGGAAAGAGAGAACUGAACUGCUCACUGGAGUGUGAUCAAAUGUUAACAUAAAAGUGCCAAAAGAAUGUGUUUUGCAGCUCAGGACAGUCUUUUGGUAGAGCAGCAGGCAAAUAUGACUCCCUUCAUGGAAAAAGCUCCUGACCCCUUCACUGGGCAAUACGGUUUUCCUACUGUAAGCUUUCAAAUUGCCAUUGGCCCUGCAACUUAACUUCUUGCUUCCAACUUUUUGAUCUGUCUGUGUUUGUCUGAUGACCAUAAGAAAAAAAAGAACAGUAGUAACUUUACUCCGGGCAGAGCAAAAAUAUCUAAUUCGGAGAAAGUCCUGGUACAUUUCAACCUGUUUAUUUUCUAUAACUGCUGUCACUGUGGUUGCACAAGUUGUACAAACUCUUCCCUUUGUUGCAAAAAGUUCACAGAAAUGACGAGUCAUGCUGAACAUCAAGUCUGAGUGAGCUGCAGGAGCCUCCUACAGUUUCCCAAAUAAACCUGAUUUGACAUGAAUCAUUUCAACCUCUGAGUCAGGAGCAGCCUGGAGUGACCACAGUGGCUACAUCUGCAACUUCCAGACAAAACUGAUCACUCCUGAGAUUAACUUUAGUUAUUGUCAAUCUGUCUUUUUAUUGGUCCACUCAUCUAUUUCCAUUUUACAUAUUCAUUUUCUUUUCCGUGUAUAUUUGCCUUAAGUCCUGUGUUUUAUUCUCUGUAACUAUAAGUUAGGCCAUGUUAUGUAUAUGUCGGUCAGGAAGGCUAAACUUAAAUUACCCAGGGUGCUUUGUUGUCCAGUAGGAAUCAAUCUGGGUUACUGGACCGUUUCAAGUCCCCACAGUGUCUUUCAGCUGUCCUCGAAAUGGAUCAGCUAACUCUCACAUAUAGAGGGUUUUAUAAAAGCAGAAUAGGUGUAAAUAAACAGGAGAGAGAUUCUUUGAAAAGCUGAGAUGUCUCAAGUUUAUUGGAGUUUUUAGAGAGUUUAGUCAGGUUUUAAAAAGUCUCCUGUUUUAGUUCACGGCACCAAACUGAUCACAGGUACAAGAGAACUUUGACUCAAUAUGUUUGGGGUGGAUGUCUUGAGAAAGUCACUGAAAUAUUGUUAAUGUCAGUCUUAUGUUACAUUGAAGGUGAAGCACAGCCAGUAGCCAGGGCUCUAGCUCUUGUUGGAACUACUUCAGUAUGGCUAAAAUGCUCUUUAUGUUGUCUUUAAAGGAGGCCUGAAAGGUGGUGGUGCUAGCUCUGCUAAGGUUAGCCACACUCUGCAAACCAGUAAAACUCUAUUCACCUGCAGAAUCAGUGAUCAUGAGUAGUUAUGUUUUUAAAAACUUAGACUGGUGGUGGUGUCAGCAGGAAAAACAGUCCGUAUGGAGAGCAAAAGCAGGAGGAACACAGUCCUCCACCGUGAUCUCCAGAUCCCAUGGUUGGUGAUCAGAGGAGGAUUUCUGUCUCUGUAUAAACAGAUAUCUGCAUGAGGGUCAGCUAACAAUCUGUUCUGUAUCAAAUAUUUACACUGAACACUAAUCUGACAGAUGCUGAGUCACUAAAGACGAUCAGAGUUUAAAUUUACAGAUUUCCCUGAAUGCAUUGGAAAUGAUGGAUCUGACCUCCAUUCAACAAACAAACAUUGUCAAAGGAGUUUUCUUCUCCUCUUGAGGACAGACCUGACAAAGCUGGACUUUGGACUAAUCUGCAUCAUGAUGUUGGUAUUUCAGCAAACUGAAGACCAAUUAAUGAAGAGAACAUCACAAGAACAUCAGUUUCUGUUUUAGUUUCAUACUGCUGAAGGAAGCCAGAGUGAAGCCUCUGAGAGACUAUUUACAGAGAAACUCAGACUGUCCGCAGACAAAUGGUUGCCUCUCUCACAGACAGAGUGAGCAAACGUAUUCAGAUAGCCUGAUAUUUCUUCAGUUUUGAUCUGAACACACUUCCGCAGGUUAAGCCACAUGAGUCAGGAACACUUCUCAUUUGGUUACCAACAGGCUGGCUGACCCUUAAUGUGGUUUAUGACUGAAGAGCCACACCGGCACCUCUUAUUUUGCAUCUAUACAAACUAUAGUAACUAUAGCACAUAUUAAUUUCUGUCAUAUUAAUCUACCAGCCAUUUCAAAAGCCAAUAAUAAUGUGGUUUAAAGUAUCCUAAAUACAUUGUUCAGCUAGUUCUGCUCCAACUUUGUAAACUCUGUCAUGGCUAAAACAUCAAAAUCUGUGUUGAUGGUCAAUACUUCUUGUAAUUUAGUUUGACAGUUCUCAUUAUUUCUGAGGAAAUGUACUAAAUGAAGUUGCCAUCAUAUGUUUGAGUGUGUGUUUUGGAUGUGUGUCUGUGUGUUGUAAUCAGUCAGCUCUGACUUCUGCUUUCACAAUAUGUUCAUGUGACCGUCAUAAGAGCUUCUUCUUUUCUGACGAGAAAAACAGCCAAACAAAAAAGAAAAAAAAAACAUGACAGAAAUAAUCACACAGGAAGUUAGAGCUUGGUAACCCCUGAUUUUAUCAUUAGUGGACCCCAGACAAGCAGGAACAGCUACCACAGCUGGAGCUUGACUGUUAAGGUGAAAAGGAUUUCAAGCACAAACUGAAUUUGAUAAGUAUGAUUUAUGUUUUCAUCAAAGUUAAUGGGCCUGAUAAUUAUUUAGGUCCUCAUCUGAUUGGUAAUUUUACAAAUGAAUUUGACUGAGCUUUACUUAUGAGAUAUUUUAUGACUGCAGUGCAUUAGCAUUCUGCAGGAACAAAUCAUUUCUUUAUGUCUGUGUUUAAAAAGUGAGAUGUAGGAUAAAAGUGUUCUGAUUGGAGAGGUUGGUUGAGCUGUAUUUUAUGAAACAGGCAUAAAAGAGGUUGAAAUACCAUCCGUUAAACUCAAAUUCAAAACUCAGCAAAUCACCAGAUCUUAAAAUAAGCCCAAGUAAAAAUCAGGUUCAGCAUUUAAAUGUACUUUGAACAGAUUGCUACAAACCAUAUCAUUUGUCUGGUGGAUUACUUCAAGUAUUUUUAUAAGAAAUGUGAAACCAUAUCAUACUGCAUUAAAAACAGUCACAGUUUAGGUAAAGGAGGAAGAGGAAGUCCUCUUAGGCGUGGUGUGUGAGGGGUGUGUCACGUUGAUAGAUGGUUCAACCACAUAGGAGCCCCACAAAGGAGGCCCCUCAGGGAAAUGUGUUUGAUUCCUGUCUGAAACCAAAACUACAGGCACACCCCUGAACUCAUCUAUGAACUUUUAAGAUAAUGUUCAAGCACACUUACUUAUUUUUACUUGAAACACAAUUAAAACAAAGACUUCCAUAUUUAUAAUUAAACUUCUUCCGAUAGUCUCCUUUCAUUUUUCAGCCCAUAUAGAGACAUCUAUAUAUGGAGACAAUAAGUUUGUAAAAAAGGCUUUAUAAAUCUACAGAUUUUUACAGUUUUGUUAAAGUGACAUUCAUAAAACUCAAAUUUGUUAACUUUACAAAUAUAUAUUUUUUCCUUUUACUGAUAUGUCUUCUUUAACAAAAACUUGUACAUAUCUAAACUUUUCAAUAACACACUGUGACCAAGAAGUGUGGGUGCCCUGUGAUAAAUUCAUAAAUACGCGACCAUAUCAAACUUUGUGGUAGCCAGGGCGAACACAACAGACAAACUACUUAAUCUGAAAAUUAAAAUAGGUGCUGACGUGCAUACUACAUCUCAAAGUUUGGACACAAGUUGGACACAGUGACAGUCAGGCUGCCCUGGCAUGUACUGAGAAAACAAAAUGUACCAUUGUCUUUACAGUCGCUGAUAAAUCUGAAAGUAGUGCAUUGAUAAUCAUUUGUUAAUUAUUGGAACAUAACAGCAUGAUAUUUCUACAUCAGCUUAUCUCUGCUCUUUGAGUGUGACGUCAGAGGAAAAUGGCAGAAUCAUGAUGGGGACAAAGGUGUCUCAUGAGGUGGAAAAGAGGGUCCAUGUUGAUGUGGAAGAGUGGGAUCUGUUAUAGAAAUGCUCCCCUCAGGAUAAUAAGUCAAUGCAGACGUCAGCAUGAAGCAUCAGAAAAACCUCCCACUCUGCUGAUCAAUAAUCUGAGUAAUAGCCUCUCUGUCAGUGGAGAGAGAAACCUCUCAGUGAGCGUGGAUGUGCUUCCACUGAACUACCUGUGGUGACGCAGUUUAAAGGUAACCACAGACCGAGAUGGACUGAAGUACAAACACUCCCUGCUCCUGUAGAAGAACAGAUAUUUGUGCCAAGGACAUGCUACUGCUGUAAUGUGUCUCCUGCAGUAAAAGUGUAUGAAAUAUCCCCACUGUGUCAGAGUAAACAAUAGUCCUCUGACGAACAUUUGUAGCAGCUAUUUUAACCUGAGUCACUGUGGCAAAAGUCGACAUGCAGCUGUUUUCCUUUGAAUUGAUGCAGUAACUUUCCCCACCCUUCAUGUAGUUUGACACGGGGCAGCAGUGGACGUCCGAGACUGUUCUCCCUAUAAAAAAGGAAGUCGCUGUUUCCUCAUUUCUGUCUGCAUUUCUUUCAGAAUAAAGAGAGGGAGAGGAUGAGGGAGCGGGAGAAGGCGGCAAGGGAGAGGGAGGCUCGGUACAGUAACGGUCACCUCUUCACCUCUCUGACGGUUUCAGGAACAACGCUGUGUACAGCCUGCAACAAGAGCAUCACAGCCAAGGAGGCGCUCAGCUGCCCCAGUGAGUAACACAGUGCUGCGCUUUUUCAAGGACAAUAUGCAAAACUGUCUAAAGAGUAAUUCAGAAGACGUAAAACCUAGCUACACAUCAAAACAACACAGAGCACAAACCCUGUGGUCGGUCUGCUUAGCGGUGGAUUUGUGGACAUUUCUGGUACUGCCAUCAUCCUCCUCUCUCUGUCUCAGUGGCUGUAUGGGACAUUUCCUCAGACAUGUCCUUUCUUUUCUCUCUGCAAUGAUUACAACAUGAUCAACUGCUCUUCAACACAUGUCUCCUAAUAUUACACCCUCCUGCAUAUUAGUAUAUGACGCUCCAUUGUUUGUACUUCUGAUUUUUACUGUUGUACUCUGUUGAGAAGAUGUAUCAGGUGUUAAAUACAUUCAAAAGGUUUCCAUUUUUAUUCUCUGCAUUUAUUAUCAGAUUUGGCUCAUGUAGUUUUCUACCUUCUUGUAUCUUUUACAAUUUUAGGUUCCCAGGAUGUUGUAGUACUGCUGUGAAAAUGCUCUUUUCUAGAUAUUUAUAUUUUUGCUUUUAUAUAAUUUCCAGAUUUAUCUUUAUUGUUGUUUAGUAUUGUUUUUUUGCACUAAAACACCAAGAAGAAUUCCUUCUAUGUGUAAAUCUACUCAGCGAGAAACCCAAAUCUGAUUUUAAAUUCUCUUUUUUUCAGCAUGAGAAGCUAGAAAAGAGGAAAAAGAAGCAACAAUGAUGUGUCUAUUUUUUGUCUUCACUAUCAAAUGUUUUAUUUUCCCAGCAUGCAAUGUGACAAUCCACAACCGCUGUAGGGACACUCUACCAAACUGUGCAAAGAUGAAACAGAGGGUAAGACAAACACUACAACACAAAGCAUAAUAAUAAUAAUAAUAAUAUAUAUAUGAGAUCUAAAAAAAAGAUUCAAUCUUUUUUCUGUUUUAUGAUCUAAAAGUUAAUUUUAGCCAAUUUUCACUGUCAGGAGGAACUUUUAUUAACUUCAUGUGUAAAAUAGUCUCACAUUCUUCCUCAAAGUCCCUUUAAAGUCCCACUCCGAUUGAUUUUAUCAUCAUUAGCUUUUUUUACAAUCAUUGCAAUCUGCUACCACACAUGCUUGUUCCACCAUCGUCCUCUCUACUUCUCGGGUUAGGAAAUCUCACCGUGUCUAAACCUGUUGUUUUGGUCUGCCAGAGGUUCACUGUGAUUUGAUUGCAGAAAUACUCAGAAAGGCAAUCUUGCGUUUAGUUUUUCAUGACAUGUCCUCUAGCAUCAGUAAAAUGCCAUAUGAAAGUAUAGACAACAAGAAAAACAUGAUUUUCAUCAGAGUGGGUCUUUAGAGUGAUAAAAUAGAGAAAACCUUCAGGUUUAGUUGAAGUAUAGUGGCAGUAACAUGGUAGAAGCUCAUUUGUUUGUUGUCUUUAAACCCACAGCAGCAGAAAACAGCCCUGUUGAGGAAUAACUCAGCCCUGCAGACCGUCACACUGCGCACAAAAAGUGAGAAAUGUUCUUUUCCUUCCUCCUCCUACUUUAUUUUUCUUUCUCUUAAAUAUUCUCUUCACGUCCUCCUACAUCUCUUCUCUCUUUUCUCUACCUGAAAUCUUUCAUUUCUUUAUAUCUCACAGCUCCAGGAAUGCGUGAGCGUCCAUCUUCAGCGAUCUACCCCUCCGACAGUCUCAGACACACUCUUCUGGGGUCACGCCGGGGUCGCUCUGGCCUCUCGCUGUCCAAGAGCGUCUCCACCAACAACAUCUCUGGGUGAGCGUCACUUUCGCCGUCUGCUACCUUAAACAGAAGAUAAGACCAGCUCACGUCUCUCUGCAGCCUGUCAAUAUUAAAUCACAGUUCAUUCUUACAUCACCGACGGCCAACAGCAGAGUGUCCCUGUGCCUCGCCGGUGAUAAAAUCUUACAUAACACAGCGCAUCCUUUGCCCACAUUAGACCUGCAGACAAUGUGAAGCAAUUUAUCAGUUUCUUUUUGUGAGCGAGAGUCUGCUAUGACUCAAUAAAAUGUCUUAACAAAGAGGAUAAAAGGGAGGCUGUUUUUUCGCAGAAUGAUCCGGAUUAAAUAAACUCUACUCAACACAGUCUAUGAUCACACUGCUGAAGUCUUUGAAUGUUGAAUCAACAGUUAAAAAGGAGUGAUUCACCUGCAGUAUUUCACUGAAGAUUAAAUGACUGCUACUGAAACCACAAGUGUAACUGCUUGCUCUCUGACUGACUCUAACUGCAGGCCAAACCCACUAAAAACAGCCUGGACUGGUGCUAAUACCCUCAUAUUUGUAUUUUUAUUUAAGGAGACACCAUCAGUCUGUCGCUUUAUUAUAGCUGUAGCGCUGGAAAGCAUUGGGACUAUUUGACUAAAAAUAUAAUUAAAUCAUCUAUUCCCAAUUCAGAUUAAUGAUCUAGGAUUAAAAUAACAUAACUGUAAUUAAUUUCUUUUGCACGGUGUUGUAGCAGUUAUUUAGUAUUUCCUUUUUUGGUUUUUACUCAAUAAACACCUGGAUUUAUUGGCAGCCUGAUUCACAAACAUUCUUGUAAGAUCCAAAACUGUCAAAAACCUGUCAAAUUUACUCUCUCACCAUGCCGCUCUAAAAAAUGUCCUUUUCCUCAUCUCUUUUAAACUAUAAAUAUAAAAGCAGAAGCUCUUUGAAAUCGGUUUUAAUUUCUCAGAGAUUCAGCUUUUUCCCUUUUCUGAAUUCUGUUUUACAGCAUAACCACAUUCUCUUACCCUACUGUCAGAUUGUGAAUUGUGCUCCACUUGACUCACUUAUCAAUGAUGAUAGAUAGGACGCUGCAGUCUCUGGUAUGAGUUGUUUCAUAGUUUAUUUCAGUUUUAUGAUUCGUCUGUUGUUAUCGUGAGGUUAGCUGUUCGAGAAAAUAGGCCAAGUACCUCCUCUCUGUUUCUGCUUCUUUGUGUCACAUCCUACGACAACAUCCAUCAGCAGCACAUUUUAUAAACUAAAUAACAUAAAUUUACAAUGGUUCCUCUGAACUACAACCACAUCAACAUACAUGUGCUUGAUCCAGGCUUUGCUGCAUAUAAAUACAGGCAUGCUCUGGCAGUUGUUGGUUGUCCAGUACCAUCAUUCAGUGGUGUACCAGCAGGUUUUGGCUCUAUGUGAAGAGCAAAAAAAGAGGACCAGCUCACCAUAAUGUGAUUCAGCCUCAUGUCAACGCAAUCGAGCUUCAUGUCAGAUAUGUAAAAGUCAGCUAAAAGGCUUCUCUUUGACAUCCCAACCUUUAGUCCAUUUGUAAGGUCGAGAAUCAAACUGUAAAUGUACGCAGAGCAGAAGUAAUCUUGAUUGUAAGUUUUUAAUCAGACGCUGGCUGAUAGACACUUUGUUUGUGCUGUACAUGGAGCGGGAUCACUGACAGUGUUUUGUUGUUAUUGUAGGACCCUGACCGACGACUCUCCUCUGGGUUUAAGGAGGAUACUGUCCCAGUCCACAGACUCCCUCAGCUUCAGGAACAGAGCCGUGUCCAUGGAGUCGCUCAAUGAUGAUGGUAGGACGUCUGAGAAUGACUGAAAAACAGAUGGUUGUUUCAAACAGUGAUGCUGCAGGGUUUUUAUUGAGUAAUUUAGCUGUGCCAAAAAAAAAAAACAGAUUAAAAUGAAAGAGAAAUACACAUAGACCAAAAGUGCACUAACCUGAGAGUCAUAAAUCCACACCUAUGUUUCCCACAAACACCUCAGGGUGACCUGGAUCUUUCUUACUCUCGGUCUCCUUUUAUUCAGGAGAGAUGUACUACACAUCAGUCCUGGAGGAGAUUGAGUACGAGGGUCAGGACUUUAAGGCAGACUCGUGGAGCAUGGCAGUGGACAGCAACUACCUGCAGACUCACCGCAAAAACAUCAUCAAGAGGCAGGACGUCAUCUACGGUGAGGGGGACAUCCUCUAUCUUCAGCAGCACUUCAUUUAAGUCUUUUCUCCUCAUUAUAAUCUGAUCUUCACUCAUCUGUUUGUCCCAGAGCUGAUCCAGACCGAGCUGCACCACAUGCGGACGCUGCACAUCAUGGAGCGAGUGUUCAGGCAGGGCAUGCUGGAGGAGCUGCAGCUGGAGCCCAGCACCGUGCACGCCAUGUUCCCCUGCCUGGACCAGCUGAUCAGGAUACACUCGCACUUCCUCGCGCAACUUCUGCUGCGACGCAACCUCAGCAUGCAACCGGGGUCCAACCACAACUUCACCAUCCACCAGCUUGGAGACAUUCUUCUGGAGCAGGUGAUACAGACUAACAGAUUCAUCGUCCAGACUGGAAAAACAACCUCAUUUGUUUAUUUAUCCCAGUUUUAUAAUCGCAGAUGUAUUGAGCUGCAUGAUAGGAGGAUGUUUGUUUGUUAUUCUGACUUUAUUUAAGGGUUUAAAUAACUAACAUACACAAAGUAAACAAGUCUGCAAAGAGCCUGUUUGUCUCGGUGGCAUUAGCACACAAACUAACCUGUGUGCGCGUGUGUGCGGUCAGUUCUCAGGUCAGUGUGCAGACGACAUGAGGAAGACGUACGCCGAGUUCUGCAGUCGACACAUGAAGGCGGUCAAACUGUACAAAGAGCUGUUGGCCAGAGACAAGAGGUUCCAGUGCUUCAUCCGGGUGAGAAUCCCCUUAAACUCCAGAGCACGGUCUUAGAGAGACGCUGGAUAGUAUGAAGCUUUUUUUUAGGGGUGAUAUUUCCCUCUGCUCCUCUGGCUCAGUUAAAAUGAAACUGUUGUCUUUUAAGUUACUAAAUCAUUGAGAGUUCAGGUUGUUCUUACUUCAUGUAGUACAACAGCAACUGAGAGACAAACCAAGAUUUUGCUAUCCAGUUACCCUUUAAGAUUGGUGCCAACAGAAAAAGUGGAGCACAUACUAUACAUUAGAGAUCUGUGCAAAAGCUCUUUUUGUGAGCUUCAGCUAGCAGCCAUGGCCUUUCAGUCAGCUGUCUUGAGCCUUUAUUCCACCAGAAACACCACAAACUUUUAGGGCCCCUUGAAUGUGUGGAAGUUACUUAACCUUUGCACACGUACAGUCAUGCAGAGUGAGGCUCAAACUGAACUGAAAAUCAUUUCAGACUUGAAAUCCCACUGAGCAUUUUUUGGUCUAAAAGAGGUCUAAUAGAAGUCUAAAUGUAGCCUAGAUGACUGGUCUAAAAUCAGGCUACCACAGGUCUAAAAAUGAAAGUUUUUUAGACGUCUAAACUUAGACUAAGUUUAGACUAGUCGGCUAACAGAGGUCUAAAUGUAUAUCGCCUAACAGCUAUCAUAAUUACUUUGGUUAAGCACUUGGAGAUCAGUUAUUCUUCUUUACAUGUCCAAAUGGUUGGAUUUCAAACAUUCCAGCAACAGAAAAACAAAUGAGUCCUGUCUGUCCUGUAAAACUUCUCCAGCUUUGUGUCUGUUUCAUUAUUGGCACCUGUUGUGUAUGGCUGUCCAAACAAAAGGCUUGUGGAGACCUGGUUCACAGCUGCAGUGAUUUUAUUUGGUGUCAUGGUGCGCCCAGUGAUGAUCAGAAUAACGUAAAUAUCACAUGGAUGAACUCUUGACUCCAGUGAAGCAUUCACACACGGACGUGUAGCUCUUCUAUAGAUUAAAGUCUGAUUCUGGAGUUCUUCAGUCUAAAACUCAACAGAAAACUUGCACAACACCUUUUUGUUUAAUCUGCUGUUGUUUAAUCAGCUGUGAGGAGAAAAUGUGAUGUCAAAAUAAGAUUAUGUCAAUAAAAGAAAGUACUCCUGCUGAAUAACUUACUUCUCUUUGCCAAACUUUACCAGCAGCGCUCUAAAGCAGAGACACUCAGGGUGAAUGACUAGUAUCCACUUGGUUGUUUCAUGGGAAAUCUGACCCGAACACAAACACUAAAGAGCAAAGAAAUGACCAAUCUGAUCCUGGAGAACCUCAUUUUACUUUAUCGGUUUUAAGUAGACAUCAGAAUAAGAGUGAGACUAUUUCAACAUCAGCUAAACCUCCUCCAUCAUAGUGACUCUAAAGGUUCAUCAAAUGUGUUGUUUGCUGUUUUAAGAGCGAUCUAAGCUUGGUUAGGACUUUUCAAAUACAUCUGCUGAUGUUUGAAAGAUUUAUGUGAAUUUUACGAGUAAAAACUCUGUCCCUUUAGGGUCUGCUAUUUUCAGAGACUCUCAUCCUCUUUUGGGUCUUGAUACUUGUGCAUCUUCUGUUUCUGAAAGAUGAUCGAAACCAGCUGUACGCUCACUAAAAAGGAAAAGUGACUGACAACCUUUUUCUUUUUUUCAGAGGGUGAGUCGGGGGCCGUUGCUGCGUUGCCAUGGUGUUCAGGAGUGCAUUUUGUUAGUGACUCAGCGGAUCUCAAAGUAUCCUGUUCUCGUCCAGAGGAUCCUGGACAACUCCACUGGUGAGUCAGCUCAAAGAAACAUCACAGCGGUUUUAGUUUUCAUCCUGUUAUGAUGACAUUUAGCAAAAUUAAGAAGAAGCAAGUGAGAAACUUUGGGUCUGCAGCAGUAUGUCAAAGGUAAUAUGUGCUUUUAGAGCUGUUUGUGAGGUAUUUACAUCCCUGCAUCAUCCACAGAAUACUGAUUUUUUUCAUGUCGUUGGAACUGCAGUGUUUCUUUCUCUUACCUUUGUAUCCAUUUCAUCUCGGAUCUAAAUAUUUUACCGCAAACUGACUGUCUCUGUCUGGUUCUUUGCUUGAACAUUAUUUCUGUUUGCAUGUUUAUCUUGCAGAUGAUGAAGAGGAAGCGUCCUGUAUAGCUCAGGCUCUCUCCAUGGUCAGAGAGCUUCUCAGUUUAAUAGACCAGCAGGUACAUAAAUAGUCUUUGAGCAACAUUUCAGUCAGGGAAUACUCUUUGGGAUUUUUAUACUGGCUUUAGAUCCAAGUAAAGAAAACAAAAGAGAAGACUAAAACAAAGAAAAGCUUUUCUGAUCUUCGGGGGUUUGUUGAUGUUUAUGAGUGUUUUUUUUUAUGUUCAGAUGGAGGACUUGGAGAAAACUCAUCGUCUGCAGGAAAUCCAGGCCAAACUGGACCCUCGGGCUGAGACCAGAGUCCGGGAUGGAUCGCUUUUCAAACCUGGGGAGCUUUUCAGACGGAAGCUCGUCCAUGAAGGAAUCCUUUACUGGAAAACACCUGGAUCAAGACUCAAAGGUACACAGAGUGUGGAAACAAAUACAGGGAUCAUGAUGUAAACUGAGCAGGUGGUUAUGAGAGCUGAGCAAGACUCUGACACAGAGGGUGAAUCAUAAAAAUGAGUCCAUCUAAAUCCAAAUUCUGUAACGCCUCCAUGGCAACAGAUUCCUAUUGGUCUCCUUGUUGUAAAAAUUAACAUCUGGCUGAAUAAUUUGAUUCAACUUUAAGUUCAAACAUGAUGAUUAAAUGAACUUUAAUACCUUCUCUGUCAUAUAAAACCUACAGACUGGUACUGGUAUCAAAAUGCAGAGAGAGGGGUUUCAAUAUUGACAGUGUGGUGCUCUCACAUAGUACAAAGCAGAGCUACACGUCUGCUUGAAAAGUCCACAUUGCUGAACACGAUGAAAGUCUUCACACAGGAACACAGUGUGAACUUUUUUCUCCAAGAAAGGCUGUGCGACUACGAGCAGAGAUGUGGUAAUGUGUGUCUUUGUGUUUUUGUUUUUGUAGAUAUUCAGGUCCUCCUGAUGACCGACAUCCUGGUGUUUCUGCAGGAGAAAGACCAGAGGUACAUCUUCCCAUGUCUGGUAAGAUAACGUCCUUACAGAUCAUUUCUUUUGGAUUAUUAUAAAAAAUGUCUCUUCAUACUGAUCCUUUCCUUCUGAGUUACCUCCUAAAAACCAUCCUGUGUUUUGUGAUCCAGGACAAACCCCCAGUGCUGUCCCUCCAGAACCUGAUUGUGAGGGACAUAGCCAAUCAGGAUCGAGGGAUGUUCCUCAUCAGCGACUCAUCUCCUCCUGAGAUGUACGAAUUUCACGCCGCCACCAAAGAGGACAAAAACGUGUGGAUACGACACAUUCAGCGCACAGUCAGCAAGUGAGAUUUCAUACUAAACAAAACUUAAGAUGCACCUAAUUUUCUGUGAUUUUUGGUCGCACAUGACAGGAUCUGGGUUCUUUGUCCUCAGGUGUCCAUCCAGGGAGGAGUUUCCACUCAUAGAGACUGAAUACAAGGCUCACCUGAGGAGACUCAAAGGUGGGGAUGCACAUACAAUCAGAACUACAAUCCCAACCCCCAAAAUGUUUUUUAUAUCUGUAUGCACUGCAGCAGUUUGUUACAUUUAAACAGAUACAGACUGUUCCUCUGUCUCAGCUGUUAGUUUGAAGGUGUGAUGAGAUACCUGAUAACGCAUGAUUCAAAACCCUUCCUACUUUAACAGCUGACCUGCAGCAGAAGGACCGGGAGAUGCUGGAGCUCCUGCAGGAGAGGGUGAUGCUGUUCUGUGAGCUGACAGAGGUGACGAGCGGUCAGGAGGCGCUCCAACCCCCCAUUACCCGAUAUUUAUUCAGAGCUGACACACCGCAAGCCCCCCGAGCCGAAAAACUGCUGAUGGAUGCCACUGCUGAGGGUGACUCACUAAAUCUUUAAACUCAACCAUUAAAUCAACAAAAAUAUGUGUAUACUGUAAAUGCUGCAGUACAUUUUACUGAAACUUUUAACUGUAUCUUCCACAGUGGACAGGCUGAGUGAGCUCCUCCUGGGCUCUAGCUUGGACAUGUCUCCUCUGUAUCAUCACAACCACCUGGAGGGGCUAGAGAUCAGUGAGUGACUGAAGUCUUUCAUACAGUGAGAAAAGACAACAAGGACUAAAAACAUAACAGACACAAACACAUUGAUGCAUACUGAACUCUUUAUCAUACUUUCAUGAGCAUAAAGACAAGUUUUACUCACUUAGAGCUCAGAUGGAGGGCUGUUAGAUGAGUCAGAGCUUCAAGUUAAAAUUCAAGUUUAAGGAUUCGUCACUCAGAAUAAUAAAAAAUUAAGGUGUCUUUACAGAAUUAUUCAGAUACCUGUUUGGUUGUUGCAGGUGUAACGCUGACUGCUUUCUUUUUUUCUGUGUUCAGGUGAUCAGGAUCUGUUGAUAAAUGGAGCUCAUGAUUUCUUUUCUGUAAAGGUGAGCUAAGGGCGAAGGUGUUAAACAGUAAGAGGAUGAAGUCUUUUUUGAUAUUCUGACAUUUAAAAUCCAUCAACACCAGCUCGUUUUAUGGGCGUAUCAGACUUACCCAGUCGAUCAGUUAUAAGAGCCUUUUUGCACUGAAUGUUGUCUACCUGAUGUUAGGUUGUGCCAUCCUGUCAGGAUGAUACUUAAAGACACAUCAACCCUGAAGCUGCAAAGGCGGUUUCCCUGCUCAUCCUUCUCCUCUCUGCUCUUUGUCUCUCAAGUGUCUUUCUGAAGCUCAGAGACACAAGCUGGAAACAACAAUACGACAGCACAGUAUGGAGCUGAAGCUGUGUAAAAAGUAACACCCCUAAGCUGUCUGACUUUCCAUCAUUGGGAAAGCAGCAUAAGUAAAGUGUUUGAGUUGGAGGCUAAAUAGAGAUGAAAUUAAGGUUUUCACAGACGCCAGUAUGAGAUAAAUACAGAGUUUUGGAGAUGCUAAUCAUGGGAAGUUAGACUGACAAAACAAAAGGUGAAAAUAGAUAUAAAAAGUAGUAAAAUCUUAAAAAAUCACUUUAACCUUUGUCCUGGAUGACAUACCUUGAGGUACAAAGAGGUUAUUUUCCCUUAAAUUAACAUCCAAACUCACUUAAUGAGCACAGAGGGGCGGAAGACCUUAAACCAGACAGCCACAGCCAUUUACUGACACAACUCUUUUACUGAGAAACUUGGAACAGGUGGUCAAUACAUGCAUGUUUCUGUAUUCAUAUGUAGCUCUAAAGUUUGGCUGGUUCAGUUCUGUUGAAUAAUGAAGUAUUCUCUUAUCUUGUAAAGGACUGCAUGAAGAGUCCAGACCAGCAACCACCCUCGGUGAGUGGGAGGGAGAGGUUUAAUUAGAGUGGAUGUGGCAUGUUAGUCUCUGUGUUUUCAGAGACAUUAGUAAUAUGAACAGAAAAGGUGAUUCAGUUUUUCUGCCUGGGUUCACAGGAGAUCUAUCAGAGGAUGGUGAAUCUCAGCGUUUAUCUUCAUGCUCUUCAGGUGAGAAUCUCUCUGGACGUCUUAAAACACAUCUAAAUAUUAACAUGCUGGUUCACACCAUUUUAACAGAUGAUAGGAUGUUUUUGCACAAUUUUCACUUAAAAACAGGCUUAAAAUUAUUGAUACACAAUGAUACACAGGGAACAAACUUUUUGGAAAAAGAAUCAUAAAAUAUAUUUGCUGUCAUAUUUGCAGGCUGCAGUCAUCAAACAGGACUCUAUCUUAGAGCUGCUGCUGCAGCCUCAGGAUGCAGCCUCACCGGCUGGAGGAGGAUCGUGGCGCCCUCUAUGGAGGGACGGUGUAAAUCGUGAGCAAAGUGCAGGAUCAACAAUCGGUGAGCUGGCUCUUCUUCAGAGGCAGCACAGUCUGCUGCAGGAGGAGCUGCUGAGGCUGAGAGAUGCCGAGAGCCGAUUCAAAGACAGCGAGAGAGCCCGGACCAAACUGGAGCGACAAGUCAGACACAUGAAGGUCUGCAGUGGCGCCGCACCUACCUCCCAGCAUCCAGCAGAGCUGACAUCACAGGUGAGGAGGUUAUAACUGUGAUUUCAGGAAGGUAAAGAGAGCCUCAGAGAAGAUAUUUCAACUUUUGAUACCCAAGAGCAGGAGCAUGAGUAUGAUAAAGCUAUCAGAAAAGCCAGCACUGCAAAAAGGUCUAAUCCUGAUCCAAUAAUCACUGAAAUGAGCUUUUUACACACUCAGCAAUAUUAUGUUUUUUUUUUCAUAAUAUUAAAACAAAUUCCGAGAGUAACUGUGGGCUGUUUGAUGGUCGAACAUGAUGCUAAAUUCUCCACAUUAGCAGUUCACCUUGCUGCUGUGAAAUAUACUUAAUGGCAUUCCACUGGGCUCUAUACUGGGUCCUUUGAUAUUUAAAAAUAUUUUUUUUAAUAACUCACCUGUUUACUAUGGACAAGGAAUUAAACUCACCUGAUCACAUGACAUUAAGGGUUGAAGUUAUUUCAGAUUGGGAGCAGGGCCUCGCUGAAUGUAGGUGUGAUCUGUGAGCUGUCUGCCAGCUGUCACCAGAACAAACUAAAUCACAAAAAUGUUGUUUCUGCCUCAAAAUACUCAACUGUAGAUCAGUCUACAACUUCAUCAACUUCUCAUGUAUAAUUUUAUUUUGUUCUUUAAGUCUUUCCUGUUUUUUUUCCCUGCAGUCAGGAAGGGUAGGUUCAUCAGGAGUUGACACUCAGCGAGGCGGCCGGGACACUCCCAGCCAAUCAGAUGGUCUGCAAGAUGGCAGUGAUCUGGAGGUAGAUAUGACAUCAGAUGAGGACGAUGAGACAGCGUCUGAAAGCUCCAAAGGUCAGAGUGAGACACGGCAAUGACUUUUGGUUUAUGAAGAACAUGAUUGACCUUCAGUUUAAGACUCAGGAGGCUUCACCCACUCAGGUUUGGUCCUGUCAUUUCACCCUCUGAUUCCUGAUUAUUUAGCUAAAGUCCACUUCCUCUGAUUUAAAUUCAUAGAUCAGUUGUGAUGGGAAAAUUUUAAUUUAAAUGGUUCUUUCAGAUCUAGAUUAGCCCGAACUGUGACAGCAAGUUUAAGUCAGACACAAAUCAGUAAACUGGAAGGUUUCCUUUUUAUACGCAUGUCAAUGAAGUCAGGCUGUCGAAGUUAACAGGUCUCAUGAUUUUGAAUAGAGUUAUAUAUAAGAUAUCUACUGGAGUAAUUCAUUAACUAUUGUUCCCAUAGAAUGCUAUAAUGCUAAUGCUGUUAUUUUCAUGUGCUCAAAGGACUAAAAUUAGAAUUUUCUUUUCAGAUCUUCAAGAUAUUCCAGAAGAGAUCUGAUCCUCUGCAUGAGCCCCAACACUUCAGUUUAAAAUAAUGUAAACUGAGUGAUCAAACCCUGCAGGAUGUUCUGCUUUCUGAGCAAAGAAAGCAGAACAACCUGCAUCUUCCCUGCAAGUCUGAAUGCUUCUUUAGCUGCUUUGCUUUCAGUAGUUAUCUUGUGACAGUGAGUGGUUUUGUUUUCAGCUUUAGAGCUUUGGAUGGUUUGGAUUUCUGUUAUUGCAUCACGUGACCAAAGGGGAGGAAAUGGAUGGAUUGCGCAGAUUUGACUCUGAUGGUUCUUGCAUGAUGAGAGCUUCUGUUUUCAGCAAAUAACUGCACUCUAACUCAAGGUUAAACCACAAGGGAAUGUGCAUGUUUUUGUCCAUGAACAGUAGUUAUAAAAAGCUCUGUGAAAAAUGUAUUUUAAACAAGAAAUGUGCACUUUUAUAGUCUAUUUAUUUUCUAAUCACAGUAGACAGAUAUUUGUCCAAAAGCCUUCUUUUACUGUUUAAAGCACUCUACUCCUUUUAUAAACUACUCAAAACCCAAAUAUUCUUAAAAACAAGCCAUAUAAGGAGAGAACGUCUAUUCUUAAUCAUAAACACAAGCACAAUCCAAAAGCAAUCCAAUAAAUGGUGCAAUAAACCCUGUUCACAGUGCCUGAAAUAUCCAGGUACUGUUCAGACUGGAGAUGAGAAUUAAAAAAAAAAACUCUAACUGUUUUGAGCUUUUAUCAUUUGGCUUGUUGUUUCAUGGUUAUCGAUGCUUUCCACUUCACUCUGCCUUUCUCUGAUAAUGACGCAAUCCAUUGUGAGGGGCAGUCUGCACAAAUAACAACUGAGAAAAUACUUGUGGCCCAGAGAAGACAGGAGCUGCCCAAAAAUGUCAUCAACAACUAAAUAAUGUGUUCAAAAUACCAUCUUUUAAAACAGAACAAUGUAAUGCACCAAUUUGUUAUAAAAUCCACUCAGUUUGUGAGACAGGCAACUGUCGGCCGAUAAAGUCUGAGUGUUUUUGUCACAUCAGGAUCUGUUUUUAUCCCACAAACAAGAUCAGUGUCUCAGAGAGUUUGAAAGGUAAUCUGAAAUGAUUUAUGAACUGUUAUUACCUGGCCUGUAGUCUGAAUCUUUGCCCAUGAUUGGCUCCUCAGAGGCAGCAUUUCCGCUGAAAUCUAAGGCUACGUUCACACUGCAGGUUAUGAUGCACAAUUCGUAUUUUUUGUUAAAUCUGAUCUUUUUGUGCGGUCGUUCACAUUACAACAACGAACGCGGCAUCUAAUGUGAACGGAAUGCAUCCGUGAAGUGACCCGCAUGCACACAAAGCAGGACAUGACGCAGUUCUCCGUUCCCUCGUCUGCCAUUGUCGCAUAUUGAUGAUGUAUAGGUCGGAUGAACGUGACCUGAGCGUCCACACUGCAGUCACAUCGGAUACAUAUCUGAUUUAUAUCCACACACAAAAGAGGCCUGGGUCAGAUUUAAAAAAAUAUGAAUUGCACUGUUCACACUUACAUGAAAAAAUCAGAUAUGUGUCAAAUAUGGUUAAAAAAUCGGAAUUGACCUGCUGUGUGAACGUAGCCUAAUAUUUGCUUGUAUUUAACAGGCUGCUUGUAGCGUCUGUCAUUUCUGUGUGACAUAUUUUCUUCUGUUGGCCCUUGACCUCUUAUGGAGUCCUUUAAAUAAUAAAGUUUGGGAAAUUUUAAUGCUGUUGCUAAGGUAACUUGCCGUUUAAAGUUAAAAACUAUACACAAAUAUUCAGCAGACAGCCUCACUCAUGAUACACACAGACCACUAAUUGAUCUACACUCUAACAUGUGACUGAGUGUCACAACAUUUUAAAAAAAUCUCUAAUGAAGAACAAACAGUAAAGUUGGUCUUAAAUGUUACAGACCAAAGAUUGUCAAACAUCUAUAAUAAGCCACAUUGAAAUCUCCUCACUGUCUUCCAAUCUCUGAAAUAAUGACUCUUUCUGCAGCUCUUAAAUAGAUUCAAGGUCAGUGCCUUUCAAAACUUCUAGAAACGACUGUUACGAGAAAGAUUCACAGAGCUGGUUAUCAGAUAAGUUUUGGUUUUAGUUGUUAAACAAGGUUGUAGUUUAAAAAGGCACACACGGAAAUUCUCUGUUAGACAUCUUUGUCUCCUCUGAACGGUGAUGCUUUUUGGACAUCUGUUUUCAGGACACCAUUCAAUGAUUGAUAAGGGCAUAUUUAACUUCUAACCAGAUAUUAUUCUUAGUCACAUCACAGAGAAAAGCUACUUUUCCGAGGGAAGAUUUGCAAAUAAAAAUAUCCAUGCAGAGUUCAGUUUUUCACAUUUUAGCUUUGCUUUGUUGCUUUCAGCAGCUGUCAGUAUGGUCUGUAAUCUGGAUCAAUCUGUGCUCAUGGUUUUUAGACAGAGACCACUUUAAUUUUCCAAGGCUCCAGAUGACGAUCUCUGGAGUACAGAAAUUAAAAGGAGCUUCAGUUUUUUUGUUGGAGUAAUUUUCAGUCUGUAGUGUGUUUGGCUGAAUCCUUCUGCAUGUUUUUAAACCUGAAUAUUUUCCCCAACCUUUUUCUUCAGACUGCAAUAGAAAUCGACUUUCAGCUUUAUUGUGUAUUUAUCCUUUAAAGAUUUACUAUGUGUGAAAACUGAAUCUAUCUAUCUAUCUAUCUAUCUAACUAGCUAGCUAGCUAGCUAGCUAUUUAUCUAUCUAUCCCACCUACCUAUCUAUCAAUCGAUCUAUCUAUCUGCAUCCCUAAUUCAGCGGUGUGUUUAGUGUUGAUAAAACAGAUUUUCAUGGUUUGUAAAUCAAUGACAGUUUAUAUUUAAUUGAAAAUUGAGCAAAGACAACAGAUCAAAUGUUGAACCUGAAAACUUUCUGCUCAUUUUAAAUCUGAUGUCAGUAAAAUGUUUGUAUAAAGUAGAUCCAUGUUCAUGUUUCUCAUCGUGUGUCCUCAGCGCUUCUUUUCCCAACCCUCCGUAGACCUUAGUGAACCCAGCAGACCAGGUUCUGGAGUCUUUAAGGGAAAUUUUGUCCCAUUCUAAGUAUGGGGAACCAGUUCAGCAGCAGAGAGAAUGCCAGAUUCUGAUUGGUCAGUCUCUGGUGUUUCUGGAUCCUGUUUCUAUCUCGUUUCCUCUUUUCAUGGUUCAGUGUUAACCUCAUUUAUGGAUGCAUAUGAGAACUGUGUUCACAGACAACGUUUUUAAAGUGAUUUUGAGCCCAUGCAGAGAUUUCCACUCCAGAGUCCUCUCUGUUUUAAUGCAGUGCUGCCUGAGGGCCUGAAGACUAAAGGACUAAAACCAGUCUUGAUUUUUAGUACUUGUCCCUUUUGUACAGAGAUUUCUUCAGAUUCUCUGAAUCUUAUAAUGAUAUUUUGUACUGUGGAUGAUGAAAUCAGCUCAUUCUUUCACAUUUGACACUCAAAACGACAUUCAGUAACUGUUGAACUAUUAGCUCACGCAGUCUCUCACAUAGUGGUGAACCUCUUCCCAGCUCUCCUUCUGAGAGACUUGACCUCUCUGAAUGAAAACUUUUGACCUGUUUGGUUGUUCCUCUAAAAACUUUUUACAAACAUAUAAAAUUUUAAAUGAGCUGAGAUUCUCUCAUAAACCAAAAACGUUUUAUAGUUUUAGUUUAAAAAAGUUUUCUUUGCUCCAUUUUCUAUCAAAAACAGACUACAUGAUUAAAAACCCUUAAAUCUGUCUCUAUCAGCACCUUAGCUUUCUGAAUCAGGGCUGUAUCUUCUCUCUCAGUCAUAUUAUCCUCAGGAUAAAACUUUAAGUGUAUUUAACUGUAAAUACUGUGGAGUUUGUGUGAAAACUUUGGGUUAUGCAGAUGUUCCUGUGCUGCAAAAUGAAUGUGAACUUUACAAUUUUCUGCUGUACGUCGUCCUCUCUGAUAUGAAUGUGUUAAAGGAGAUUGUCUCUGCGACCUUUGGUGGAAAUAGGAUCAUGUUUUUGUUUGAUAUAAAGCAGGUUUGAUACACUUUUUGAAGGAAAAUGAAGAAAUACUGAGCUGUAUAAGAAACUUAGAUAAGUAUAAGGUGUUAUAACUUGAACAGAGUCUCUAAUGUGUGAUGCCUAACUGGGAGAAAGGGCUGUACUUCAGUUUGCACACCCUUCUUCAUUAAUGUGAAUUAUUAUACAUCAAAAAUUAAACAUAUAAUACAAAAAAUA